AUGUCCUUCAUCUACUCGCGCGCCCAGAAAGUCAUAGCCUGGCUCGGCUUGAGGGACAUAAAAUACGCCACCCCCCAUGAAUCGCUUCGUAUCCUGGCCGAGGAGUGGCGACAGGGCUCUGUCCAGGACCUAGCAGGGGCUGUCGUCAACGGCACUAAACCUCUCUCUUCGCCUGCGCCGGCUCAGAACACCUUCGACUUUCCUCGCAUCGCUACUAGCGCCUACUGGACAAGACUGUGGAUCGUGCAAGAGGCGUGCUUGGCACGCGAACUAGUCUUCGUGUUCGGAGCCAAGGUUUGGACUUUUGAGGACCUGGAAAUGUGGGAGCCGUUGAAGCAUGCACGAAACGCGGCCCGGAAGGCCGGGACGUUGAGGCCAGCAGACGUCGGGAACGAGCGGGUCGAGGCAAGAGCUUUGCUUCGCAUUGCUGAGAUCCGACUCUUCAGACACACAGACGCAAUGCGCUUUGAGUCUUUGAUCGAGCGAUUUGCGAACCAGGCGUGCUCCGAGAAGAGAGACAGAGUUUAUGCCCUGCUCGGUAUGGCUAAUGAUGUCCGCGCCAGUAUUGGAGAUGAAUCGAAUUCGAAUUGUGUCCACUCGAGCUCGUUGGAUCCGGCCAGCUCUCUGUCAAGUGAGAUACCCGAGCUUAACAGGGGUCCUGGGACAAUCCGUAUCGACUAUUCUCGUCAAUAUUACGAUAUCUGGGCACAAGUGGUCAGUGUCCUCUUCUUUCGAGUAAAGCCCAUGCACGGUCGGAUCCGAGGGCCGGACGAGUCAUUGUCCCGUGAUGAGAGAGCAAUUACCAUUGUCAGAACCGCUGGAGUCAUUCAAAUGGCUCUUGACGGGAAGGUCGAGCAGGAAUUGCUCAAGCCCAACAUUGCUCCUCAACAAGGUCCUGUCAUUCGGGCCUUGGGAUAUCUGGUUGCUGAAAUCACCCAACUCGGACCCGACUAUUCUUCUCUGAUAGGUUCUUUUCGGGCACAACAAGACUGGCUAAACUGUUGCGAGGAGGCUUAUGAGGAGCCGCAAGACUUGGAGCUGAUCCGUACUCUCAACGAAACUUACUCAGCCAAGAUCAUCGGCUAUAGAGACAAGGAGCUUGGCCGGAUUCGCGAGAUUCGAAACACAACCACGGUGGCUUGGCGCAGGGGCGAAACGAGUCUUCCAUCUUCAUGGAAUUCCGCCAAACACAUCCAGAACUACACGCAGAUAUGGUCAGAUAUAGACAAAAGGACGCACGGCCUUCCACAGGAGCCGAAAAUGUGCAUCGCCACAGAGCGCCUCAUAGCUCUCGUACCUAGGGCGGCAGAGGUUGGUGAUGUUGUUGUGCGGUUUUGGAACUGUGAUGCUGCCUUGGUCAUGCGACGUGUCGCUAUGCACGUAUCGCCGGAUGCUGACGUCCCCUCUUCCGAUUUGGAGUACUGGAUGCUCGUGGGAAGGUGCGAUGUUGCUGAUCAGGGGGGCCGAAAUGAACCUUCAACCGAUACAUGGAGAUUCUAUAUCAAGGCGACGCAAGAAGCCAAGCGGGCUGUUUGGAUCGACCUGGAUCUUCGGACAUUACAGCUUCUCACUGCUUCAAUCGCAAUCUACGAGCACUGA